AUGCCAGCGUGGCGAAUAUCUUUGAAGUCGCGCAAGUGCUCUAGACUUUUCGACCACGAAGGUGAUUGGGUCGAUGAGCCGAGAGAGGUCAGAAUUUCCAUAUCAGAAAACGUGGUUGUUAGCUCACGGGCUGGGUCCACAUCGGGAAACACAACUCGGUCUAAACUUAUUGUGGAACGCCUGCGAGAGUGGCACACCGCUUGUCAUGGGCGUCGCGUGCAGGAUCCAGUGGGGCAGCCCCAGCCUCUUCAAAAGACAGCGUCCGUAAGACAAGAUAGUUCGGCUCACGGCUCAGUAUUCUGCCAGGUUUGGCGCCACUUUUUGUAUCGUCGAGGUCCAGACAUGAUUCUCAACGAAACGAGAUAA